GGCAUCCUCCCCUUGACUCCAUCCCAGUUUGACAAAUUCUCCUCCUCAUUUCAUCCCUCCACCCCAGACUGAGUGAGAAUCCCCGUUUCUCCUAAAAUCCGACAGAAGUGAGUCUCUCAGCAGACAUGCGCAUCAACAAAACCAAAGUGUCGCUGGGAUUUAUCGUGGCUGGGGCUCUGACGGUGGUUUUUGGAGUGGUGCUGCUCUUCGUCGGACCGGCGGUCAUGAAGGACCAAAUCAUUAAGGUAAGUCAUCACUGAGAGAUUUCGCCUUUUUCCCGACGUCUCAUGUUUUCAACGACAGAAAUAUAAGAAUAUUUUAUUAUUAGGAAGAAAAAGUCACUAAUUAUUGUGUACAUGUGUAUGUGUAAGCCCGUGGCACCGUUGUCUCUAUCUCAGUAGAGCUAUCCCUGGAGACGACAGGUGUGUUUUUGGCUCUAAGUAGUGUGUUUCUUAGGGGGGUUAAAAAUAAGAUUUAAAACAUCCCGAAAUAAGGAUCGAUGACUCAAAAUGCUCUUAACUUCCCAGUACCCUGUACGGUUUGACUGCAGGGGAGUUUAAGGUGCAGUAUGUCUUUUUACAACAACCAAAAUCAAAUUUACUGUGGAGCAAAUUGAACUUUAAAAUGAUUUUUCUUUGGUUUGAUGGAGGCACACAGUAAACACUAAGAUUAAUGUGGUGGCAAAUGACAAUAGAUAGAAAUAUGAGCACUGAUAAUGUUGAAUUUGAUUAAAUUUCAGUACUUCAGUACAAACCCUCCAGCAGUGUUAAGAGUUAAAUGCUGCCUUUAUACUGAUGUGUCAUUAGAAAUCAAAAUGAGACAUGUACUUAAAAAAUAAAUACUUUUAUAGUUAAUUUUUUUGUGUCUGACUCUGAACUAAGCUGACCUUCCUUUAGCUCUUUUCUGUCCUUGAAAUGAAAUUUUUGAGAUGAAAGUUAUUUUCUUCCUCAUGUAUUAGAGAUACUUUUAACUGUGGGGUGAUAAUCAGCGAUAAAGGAGGCCUCAGAUUGGACCAGAUAAAUUCAUGCUGAAUAUUUCUUUGUUAUUUGGAUAUACUCAUUUUUAGGGGCGUGUCCUGAAAUGUCUGGAGCGCUGACUCCUGCAAGGGUGUGGUAUGAAGUCUGAAUGUCACACACACACAGAAAUCAUCCAUUUCAAAUUCAAAUAAAAAAAAAAAACAACAGUUAACAACAAUAAAACCAGAACCUCCCACCCACACACACACCCAUGGACCCACAUACACACAAAGACACACACACACACUCACUCACCCACACAUACACACACACACACACACACACACACAAGCACACACAGUGUGAGAAUUUAAGAUAUAUUGUUAAAGAGACAUGGCCUGACACUGAGACAUUACAAGAGGAAAGAGCUGUCUUUAGGAAACACUGGGGAUAAAGAUGAAAAUAGUAAAAAGAAAGAGUAAAACAAUAAAAUAAAUAGAUAAGUAAGAGCUCUUUACCGUGAAAAAGGGGUAAAAGAAGUAAAAACCUCUAUGAUGGGGAUUUAAGAAAAAGACUAAGAACAGAGAUAAUUAAUAAAAUGACAUAAAAUAAAAAACAAGAACUUUGAUUAAAAUGAACAUUUGCAAUAAGAAAUAUAUCAUCAAUUUAUAAUCGAGAAAUAUAACCAUUAAUCAAUUAAUCCAUUCAUUCAUUAUUUAUCCGUCCAUGCAUUCAUUUAUCCAUUGUUCCAUCCAUGCAGUCAUCCAUUAAAUCAAUCAAUUUUUGGUCAAUUCAUUUAUUUUUUAAUUCAUUAAUGCAAUAAUCUAUCUAUCUAUCUAUCUAUCUAUCUAUCUAUCUAUCUAUCUAUCUAUCUAUCUAUCUAUCUAUCUAUCUAUCUAUCUAUCUAUCUAUCUUUCUUUCUUUCUUUCUUUCUUUCUAUCUAUAUUAUUUUCUAUAUUUUAGUAAACCUUGUUCUUUAUUGUUUUAAUUAAUUUUUAUUAAUUUUUAUUUUUUAAUGACUUGUUCUAACAGUAUCAGCUGACCUGUCUUCGGCCUCACUCAUGACGUAGGCGUGUAGAUAAAUAAAGCGGAACUACAACUCCCAGAAUCCUCGGCACAGUUGGAGGCGUUCCAGCAGAGUAUAAAAACGAUGACAAUUCAAAGCAGGUCUCCAAUAUUGAUAAGAAUAGGCGAUAAAAGAGUGAAAGAGAGUGGACUUUAGCUCACAUAGCGGCAUAUUUUAGACGCUGUUUUCGUCUUUAACUGUUAGCUUACUCCGAGUAGCCGCGCUGCCUUCUGUACAUAAACAAGCUAACCGGGACAGAUCUGUCAUAACAAACCAUGGCCAUCCGAAAAACCAAAGUGGCUGUGGGCUUCGUGGUGGCGGGGGUCCUCGCCGUGUUUUUUGGGACCGUCCUUUGCUUUGUGGGUCCGAUAAUCAUCGACGACCAGAUAGUGAAGGUAAGCAGCGUUUCUGACCUGGACAGUUGUUAUGAUUUUAGCAUGUUCAGACCUGAGGGAAGAGCUGCUGAGUCAAGGUUAUCCACCUUUAGGUGUCAGAAAAAGAGUCAAAGAUCUUUAAAAUAACCUGUGAAUAAAGUCAUAACCCACCCAAAACACAUGCAUGCAAGAAAAACAGUCAAAACGUUCAAUAAAGUGUCAUAUAAAUAAACAUCUUAGGGUGACAAAUGAAUAUUUGACCUAAAAGGUUAAAUCCUGUGCGCAUUAGACUCUUGAUAGAAUAGAGUAAGGAAAAACUGUUUUAAAGCAUAAAAAGAAGUUUAUUAAUGACACAUGCCUUUGUUUAAAGGGACUCAAACCUGAGGGUAAAACAUAAACACAUAUUAGUUUAGUUUAGUUAUGUUUAUUUAUUUAUUUGAACAGGUUAAAAGAAAAACAAAAUAAAUACAAUAUACAAUGUGCUUUGGCAGAAAAACAAUUAAAGAGACAACUCUGUAGCAACAUAGAUAGUCAUACUUUGUUCAAAUUAUCAAGUCCUACCCCUUUAUUGAUCAGUAGCAGCAUGUGUAGGAAUAACAGCACAGAGGAAAGAAAAUAUACCAGAAAAAAAAUGAUUGAUGUAAAUUAUCUCACAGAAAUCACUGAAAAUUUUUAAAAAAAGGUAAAAACAAGAAGGUUUAUGAGGAAAAAUUGACUAAAUGAAUAAACAGACAUUCAAAAGUAGGUGUUAAUGCAUAUAAUUGUGCUUUAAUUGUAUUUUUUCACUAGAAAUUCUUUUUUUAUUUAUACCUAAGAUGUUAAAUUAAUGAGAAAAAAAUCCACUUACUGGUUAACUGGUGUAACACCACCGGCAGGUUAUCAAAUCUCUGAGAGUGAUAACUGGACCUCUGCUCAGCCUCAAUCAGUGUUCACAAAAAGGUUGUUCAGUGGUGAGAUUUCAUACUUUUAUCAUGGUAAAAGUUGCACCUUGGACUAAAAAAAACAGGAAGAUUAAGAGUUCAAAAGGAGCCUUAAAUAUGACCCAUGUGUUUAUUUUGAUCUAAAGAUGUAAAACUCCUGGCUGAUAUAAUCAUGAUGGGUACUGUCACUAUUUAUUGAUAUGAUAUAGAUUUUUAAAAAAUCAAUCUAGUGUUGAAAAUCAGGUUAAAAUAGAAAAAGUCAGGUGAAGUGAACUUUUGCCCCACUCCUUAAAUCCCCUUCAGAUAUUUUAAUGCUGCUGGGCUCGGGUCCAAACUCUGUCGACUGAACUUAAAAACAAAAAUCCACAUGAGGACAUAUAGGGUGUUUGAGUAAGUCCACCUGGGGCUCAGAGAUGUACGACAUAGAUGCAGAUCCAUCACCAGAAUGAUAAGGUCCUAUGUAAUCCAUGUGUGUGUUGGCUGUGAUACAAAAUGUGAGGUAACACGAACCUCCCUUAGGAUCCCGUUGAAAUGAUGCUUUUAUAAUUAAAUCUUGAGGGUGGAAAUUAAAUUCUAUAGAAGGAGAUUUAAUUAGAAAGACCUCAGACAGUUAGUGAAUUAACGGCAGGAUCUUUAUUGUGUGUGUUACCUCAUAAAUGUAAAGAUUUUUGCUGUUUUAAGGGUUUUUGGUGAUACUACUGUGUUUGUUUUGAGGUUUUUUUUUAAUUUUUGAGGGUCAACAAUAUUUAAAUUUAAAUUUUUUUUUGUAAAAGUUAACCAAGUUUUCUUCAGUUAAAACAAACUUUAUAAAAUUUAACAGACCUUCUUUUUGGAAAUCAUGGACGCUGAAUCCUUAAGAGGUAGAAACUUAUUAUUUUACCUUAAAAUAAUCACAAUUAAUGACAAAAUCAAUCAUCAAAAGUUAACAGGAUGAGAUUUUUUGUAAGAAAACUCUACUGUAAAGUUUUCAGACAUUUAUGAAAUAGACUGACAUUCAUAGUGAUUCUUUUUUAUAAUAAAUACAAGCAAACGCGACCAUCUGUUACAAGAUUAACUCUUUAUACUGUAAUUUUUUAAAUGCCUGAAAAGCUUAAGAAAAUUUACAAUACAUGACACAGCUGACUGUCAAAAGUAAGUAAACCUGAAGCUCCUCAUUGAAGCUUUAAUUAUGGUCAGAAAAUCAUUUUUUUAUUGAGAAACUGGGGGAAAAAAUCCUGUAAAUUGUUCAUAAAGUUGUGAUUUAUUGCACCCCUCUGUUAACAAUCAUAUUUUUUUGUUUUUCUGUCAGAACACGGUGAUCGACCCCAAAAAUGAGUUGUCCUACACCAUGUGGAAAGACGUCCCCGUGCCAUUCUUCAUGUCCGUCUACUUCUUCAACGUCCUCAACCCCAAAGAGAUCCUGGCCGGAGAGAAGCCCAUGGUGGAGCAGAAAGGACCGUAUGUGUACAGGUGCGUAAAGUUCAGAAUAAACUCACAAUCAUUAGAACCUAUAACAUCCCUGAAUCAUAAACUGUGUGUGUUUCUUGCUGCUUUGCGUUUGCCUAUCAGUACACUUUGUCCUGCUGCCUGUAAAUGUUUUCCCAGCAGAAAUCUUGGGGUUAUUUUCUUGGAUUUAUCUGCUCUGAUGCUGAUCGCUCUGAAAAAGUGCUUCUGUCUUGUCCAAAUGUUGUCCAAAAUGUAUGAGUUUCACGUCCUGUCCUAAUUUUUACUGUUCCUCUUUCACAAAUGUACAGAACUGGUCAUAAAACGCUGCCUUGGAGAGGGAGUUUUAAGUGUUUUUGGACUCACUUUUUGGGAACAUUAUGUGCCCCACAUGUAGAAAAUAGGUCAGUACAUAUACAUCAAUUUAAAGCCGUCACUCCUGACCUACUAGGCUGCACCACAACUGGUGGUUACAUAACUCUCCGUAUGUGAAAACGAGGAGGAAGAGGAGGGGUGCAGGGGUUAUGAACAUUUAGUUUUUUCACGGACAAAACAUCCCCCCAGCUCAUCGCAAAGAAACCAUAUGUGGACCUGGCUCUGAUGUAAGAGCAGACAUCUUUCUUCAGCUCUGAUUCUUGGUGUCUUCUGCUGUCAAUGUAACUCUGAAUUUCUGUGAUUUAACAUUUAACAGAAGAAGGAUCCUGAUUAAACCUAAAAAAAUUAAAAACAGAUUCACAGUUUGGGAGAUUUGACCUCCGACUUGUGCAGGAAUGCAGCAUCAGUCCAUCUCAUACAUCAUGUUUUUAUCUGAUUUCCUUUAAGUAUUUUAGUUUUUAAUGGAUUCUCAAACCAUCCAAUUCUGUUUUUACCAACAUUUUUUAACUCUUAUGAAUCAAUGCUUGUAUUUAGUGGUGAUUUCUCAAAGCGCAAAUUGCAGAAUAAUCGACAGUAUCAGGAAAACUAAAUAAGAGAUAACGUCGUCAGAGUGUUUUAAGGUCAAAAUCAGAUUUUCUCGCUCUGCUGUGGAGUGGAAAAGCUUUUCUUUCAGGUCUUAUCUUAUCUAAUCUUUACUGAUAGGUUAGUGCUGUUUUUUUAACAUGAUCCUCUUGUAUUUAUGUAACAUUAAGUCAGCAUUAACCUACAGGUGGUGAAUUUAUGAGAAUACUGCAGCUCUGCCUUAUGUCACAUGACCGUAUUUACUCUAAUAGAAGAGACAUUUACUUUUAAAAGCUCCUCUGAAGAAACCACGUCAAACAUUUAUUGACUUAAAGUCGACGGACUGAUAUUACCGCAGUUUAAAAACACGACUUAUGCAAACACAGCAUUAAUGAUUGAGCUGUUGUCACGUUGAGGUUUUAGGAAAUAGUGACUAAAUCUUCUUCCAUUUGUCUUCGAGUCGCUGCGCUCCACUUCAGUUUGAUUUCUCUGAGAAACAUGAAAUACUCCUUUAUUAAAAAUCUCUUUGUCCAAGAACAAAACAAACCGCAGUCCUGAGAUCUGAAACAGAGACUCUGUGGUCUUAUAAUAACUCCAAUUAUGACAGAAACACCUCCACUGUCCUUGCUGUCUUCUCUCUGCCCCUCUUAUCAUCCUCUUUAUCUCUUUAUCACAUGAGACAGAUUCUGCCUCCCUCCACCAUUGAACCUUGAACUGAAGAGCAAAGGUUUGCUUUUAUGCCGAUAUAUAUUCAAAUAACAAACAAACAAAUAAAACUCAGUGUGUGUGUGUUUUAUGGUGGUCAAACAGUCACAGUAACGAUGAUCUUUGAUUUUCUUUCAUGAGUUUGACUUUGACAGCUUCGUAGUUUGGCGUGUGAGCAGAUUUUGGUACUUAAGUCCGACUCUGACAAGUUUGGUUUGGUGGAAUUUCAGUUCGAUGUCAGACUAACGAAUGAACUUAUCAGCUGCUCCCACAUGUGCCUAAAACCCACCUGGUGAUCCCGACCGGAGCCGAGAUCGCUGUUAUCCUAAAUGUGUUUUUACAGAUGUAGAAGUUCUGACCAGGUUCUGUACCGAUGAAGGACUUUGUUAAAUGAACCGUUUUCUGAGUGAUUUUGUGUUAACAUGAUUUUUAAAACUUUUUUGCAGAAAGCAAAUCCGUAAAGAGAACAUCACCUUUCACGAGAACAACACUGUGUCCUACAGAGAGUACAGGAAGUACUUCUUUGAGCCGUCCAUGUCCGCAGGAACCGAGUCCGACAUUGUCACCAUCCCAAACAUGUUGGUUCUGGUGAGACAUGGUCCUCUCUGUUCGGAUCAGAAGCCCUUCUGUUUAUCCAGAUCUUUUCUUCACAUUUCUGCUUUUCCUUCUUCAGGGAGCCUCAAUCAUGAUGGAGAACCUCCCCUUUGCCGUCCGACUGAUGAUCAGUGCCACCUUCAAGACCUUCAAGGAGGGACCCUUCUUGACCAAACCUGUGGGAGAGCUGAUGUGGGGCUAUGACAGCGGACUGGUGGACUUCCUCAACAAAUACCUGCCUGGCAUGCUGCCAUCCUCCGGAAAGUUUGGCCUCUUCGCUGAAGUGAGUGUUUGAACGUCAGUUUACAGGUUUUUAUGAGAGGGGGGCGGGAAUGUAUGUUCAUGUGUUUAAAUGCACCGCAGGAGGUCAUUCUGCAUAAAUCUGAUUAAAUCCAUUGAAGUUAAAGACAACAGCUCAAACAGUCAAGGAGAAGGUGUUUGUGUUCAUGCUCAUUUAAUUAAUUAUAGUCUAAAAACACGAGGAAAAGAAGAUACAUUUAACUCACACACCUUUAACCGUUUUUCACUAAACCUCAUCAGCCCGAGCUUCUGCAGACUGUAGAGAAGUAAUGAGGUUAAAGAUGCUCAAAACAGGGUCGAGUUUUAUCUUUCAGGCAUUCAGACUUUCUUUGAAAAGCACUUUUCAUAUAAUAAAAUGAGACACAAGGUGGUUUAUAAGGACAGAAAAUCAAACAAAAAGUUCUCAAUAAGACUGAAGGAUGGAAGAACUGAAGAAACACUAGAGAUAAGAUUAAAAUCUAAAAAUUCAGAGACAGAGAUAAAACAUUCAGAGUUUGACAUAUCACUCAAUAAAACGGAGAAGAAUUAUGGAUAAUAAAUAAUUAUAAAUUAUGUUUUUGCAGGCCUGUGUUGUUCUUGUGUGUCGGUCAGAUUAUUAAACUUUAACAGACAAACUAAAAUAGGAUUUCUUACUCAGCUGCAGCAGAAACCGUUUUUGUUUUUAAAACACAAGCCACAAAGUUUUUACAACUUCCAGUCUCCAGUCAGGAGAAUCCUGGACCACCUGGUCUGAAUCCUCCGUAGUUGUCUGAGUUAGUUGUGCUGAUGAAUACCCAAAAAAGACCCUAUCAGGGAAAUUCCUCAUUCAUAAAGCUAAAUUUAAAACCCUUCAAAAUAGGAACCUGAACAACUGAACAAGUCUGAGUGAAAAUGUAAGAAAACUGCUGAAACUCUUUAUUUAUGAUCUGUAUUCAGAGUAUCUGAGUGAGAGCUCCCUUGAAACUAAAUUACUUACUAAAUCUUUUAUUCUUUAAUAAAAUAACAAAAACUGCACCUUAAAACUCUCAGACCUGCAGCAAACCUCACCUGAGAUGGAUAGCCAAUCAUGUCAUGUGACUUCAGGACCCCGAGCUGAUCAGACCAUCAGAGUACAUCUGGUACCUCCAGCAAAUAGCUCCAAAUAUUCAUGAAAACCUGAUCUGUGACCGAGCGAGCGGAUGAGAUCACAUUGAUGUCAUGUGACCUCUGGGACCGUGGGGAAAUGAGUCAUCACAGGAUGAGCAGAAACACCUGAGCAUGUUAGCAUGCUCGUCUGUUCACAUGACUGAAAAGUCAAAACUGUCACCUCCACAGCAGGUGUCUCCAAGUGUAAACUUCUGAUUCCUCUCAUUACAGUUCAACAACUCCAACACCGGCCUGUUCACUAUCUUCACUGGAAAAGACGACAUCAGGAACGUGCACAGGGUCGACUCCUGGAACGGCCUGACUGAGGUGAGAGCUCAGAGAGGUGGUUCUUCAGUGUUUGGUGGUCCUGUGUGUGGUUUUCAGACUGACUGACUGACUGUCCCUGUUUUCAGCUGAACUACUGGAGGACUCCUCAGUGCAACAUGAUCAACGGGACAGCCGGACAGAUGUGGCCUCCGUUCAUGACCACAGAGUCCACGCUGCCUUUCUACAGCCCGGACGCCUGCAGGUCAGACCCCUCACCCCCUCUCAGCGCUCGGACCUCUCACUGCUCUCACACUCAUACCACCCUUUUCUAUUUUUCAGAUCCAUGGAGCUUGUUUACCAGCGUCCAGGCGAGAUGCAAGGGAUCCCUCUGUAUCGAUACGUCGCACCUAAAACCUUGUUCGCGAACGGGACAGACUAUGCUCCCAAUGAAGGCUUCUGCCCCUGUAGACAGUCCGGUCUGCUGAACGUCAGCAGCUGCCGACACAGUGAGUGAAAGUCCAAACCUGAACCCGCUUCACCAGGAUUCUGCAGCCAGAUAUCCUCACCCCACCGAGGUUUUAUCGCACACAGAUAGAAAAAUAAUCCAAAUACAUAGAGCAGGUUCGAUUUGGGCUUCAGCCACUGGAACAGGACUUAAAAAAUCUUUAUACUGAAUCCUGUGGAUCAUCUGCUGCCUGAAGCGAUUCCAGUUUUUCAGUCUCUCUGAACUAGGGAUGGGAAUUGAUAAGAUUUUAUCAAUAUCGAUGCCAUUAUCGAUUCUACUUAUCGAUUCGAUUCUUAAUGAUUCCCUUAUCAAUGCCUUCCUUUAAUUAAAAAAAGAAAGUAGACUAUAGGUUUUCACCGUUAACUCAAAAUUUUAUGACGUCUCUGAUAACAGAAAAAGAUGUAUGCCACCUUUAGUGAGAGUCUAAAAAUAAUUUAUUUAGAAAGGAAUCGCUUAGGUAAUCGUAAAGAUAAAAUGUAAAUGAUGUCGAUGGAUUGAACCAUCAGGAACCGGUUCUCAACAAGAACCAGUUCUCGAUUCCCAUCCCUACUCUGAACCCUAAAGUGCAAAGGUUAAAAAAAAAAAAAACCUUCACGGGUUUGUAGAAAGCUUAGACUUUGAAGCACCUGAUAACACCACAGAGAUAUGGAAAUUGGCAAGAUUAGAUAAACUGUGUGUUUCAAAUAUGAGCAUCAUAACUCCGCACCUUCAUGCUCUUAGAUUCAUCACUGAGUAAACGUCCAGCUGAUUUAUUUCACCUCUGUUUCUGUUUUCCAGACUCUCCCGUCUUCAUCUCUCAUCCUCACUUCUUCAACGCCGACCCGGUUCUGCUGAAGUACGUUCAAGGUCUCAGUCCAUCGGAGGACGAGCACGGCCUCUUCAUCGACAUCCACCCAGUGAGUGUGUACACUAACAAACAGACUCAUUAAAAUCCAACCUUGUAAACAAACUCAACAGCAGAAGGCGGUUAUUAGAGCUUAAAGCAUCUGUAUCUCUUAAUAAGUGAAGCAGGACACACAGGCACAGUGUAAUGAGGGUAUCAUAAUGACAGGAGUUCAUAAUCAGUCCCUUCAGCUCGGGUUUAUUGCUCUGAUAUGAAGUCGACAUUUAAUCGGACCUCUGGCCUUGACCCAUUUGUUUGAUCAGGAGUGUUUCGAGGAAGCUGGGAGGAAGAAUUGGACUUAAACUGUAUUUAAAGAUGUCUUGAUAUCAUUAUAAAGUUUAUUUUGGCCUCUCCAAUGAGCUACUUUAAACAGGGGGUGUUUUGAGCAUGCUCAGUAGAGUCUUAUUGAAUUAAAGCAUCAGUGAUAUCAAGAUGGAGGCUGGAGUGACCUUGUUGUCUUCUUAGUGUAACCGAUUAUACCUGACAGAGUCUCAGACUUUGUCGUUGGUGUCAGAGUCAAGCGCAAGUUUUUUAUCUGUCUUAUAAACAUGGUCAGAAGACUCUGCGGCUGAAGGUGAGUGAAAGGGUCGUUUACUAUCCAAACACGUUUAUCCCGACUGAUAAAAGGAGACUAAACCAAUAAACCCAAAGUUACACAAGAGAUGAGAUCAGACGAUGUUCAAACACGUUAAACUGUUAAUCUGUUUGUGCCAGAAUCAUAAACUCACAAGCAGCUGAUGUAACUAGAGCUAAUCUAUGCUAAUGUGGCAAAAUGAAGAGCAGUGUGGGUGCUAACAGCUAAAGGCAUAACCUGACUCUAAGUUGUGUAAAAUGUAACACCUAUGAGCUUUAUUUUAUUUAACGUCGGUCCAUAAACGUCCAGAAUCACUAACUUUCAGAAGCUAAUUGUGAGCUGAGUGGGCAAAACCUCCCCAAACCUCAGACGUUAUUUGCAGAGGUAUAUCUUUCAUGUUACUGCGCGACUAUAGAGUUCUUUAAAAAGUAGGGCCGGACCGACAUGGAUUGUUUGGGGCCGAUGCCAAUACCGAGUUUUAAGUUUUAAAAUGUUGUUAAAUCAAGUAAUAUAUCUACAUAUUUUCUUAUUCUUUUUUUAAAAAAUGGCUGCUUUUGAGCCUUUCAAACAUUUCCUCAAAGAUUUAAAGGCAGAAAACGCAUUUCAAAUCCUUUUUAUUGCUAAAACACCUGAAAAAGAAUGAGGUAUUUUGUGUAAAGUGCAAACAGUUAAGUUUGUUCAAUUAUAAUAAAAUGAUCUGAGCCUCUAAAAUAACACUGAACUCCAGGUUAUACGUAAACUUCCUCCUGCUCUCAGUUUACAAACGCAGUAGUUGUGAUCACGUUUCAUGAAUUAGACCCAGCGUGAUGUGAACGUCAGAAGAAGAGUCCCUGGAUGAACUCGAUGAUAUCUGACUUUCCUGAGGUCCAAUAACACCAUAAACGAUCACUGCAGUAAACGGUGACACAGACUGAUAAGUUUGAUGCGACACUCCCUGGAUUCAACGCGUCCUUGGCUCCUUAUACAACUCUGCUUGUGUAAACCUGUGUUUGGCUGUUACCUGCGCUGCGAUAAGGUAAUUGGAAAUUGGGCUAUAUCGCUCUUAAUUACGUUGGCUUGUGUGCGGUGAGGGCAGUCAAGGAACUUUUUACGGCUCUAAUAAAAAAAUUAGGUUUGAUAAGAAAGUGAUUUUUGCUGUUCAGAUAUGUCUUCUUCCAAGAACAUAACACAAGUCCUCAGCCGAUUCCAGGAAGCUCACACUGAUUGAUUUAGUUGGUAACGGGUUUUAUAAUGAUGUUUCAUAUGGUCAUCAACCUUUAACCAAAGUUAGAUCCCACUGAGAUUAAAAAAGGAGAAAUCUGCUGAAAAACAGGCUCUGAUCUGACUGAUACAGGACAGAAAACUGAUUCAGCAGUCAAGAACUGGCACGAACUUAAACAACAGAAGUCCGUGUUGGAUUAAAAUAUUGUUGGUUAUUAAAAUGCUCAAGAAGAGGAAGGAUCUCCUACGGGGAACACCCAAUCAUUGGCCAACCAACUUCUGGAUUGACGAAGAAGAAGUGUCAACUGAAGGGAAGAAAAUCUGCUGCUAAUUUUAAAAGUUUUACCAACAAAUAUCUUAAAGAAAUAUGCUGAUCCUAACCAAACUUUUACAACUUUUUCAACAUUUUCCACGCCAACACUGCUUUUUCUCCAGACUUUCUGUAAAAGCAGGGUCUGAGUCUUAACAGUAUAAAGACAGAGCUAGUAUUUCGGGGGUCUAGCAGAGGGGAAAGGUGUAACCUAUCCUCCUGUGUGAUGACUUCCAUUUCACUCAGCAGAGUUUACAAUGUGCAGUUUUUGUGUGACCAUUUCAGAUUUCAUCAAGUCAAAUUUAAGACUUUUUCAGACCACAAUGAAUACAAUUUUAGACCCAUUUUACAUCCGUAAUGGCCAAAAAAGUACAAAAGACAUGAAAAAAAAAUCUGAACAUUUUACAUUACUUCAAAUCAAUCUUUAUUUUUAUGGCACGUUUAUACAUUUUUAAGACCUUUCAACUUCAUAUUUAAAACGUUUUAUGAGAUUUUAAGAGAAUUUUAGACAUUUUUAGGCCUUAAUUCAAAUGUUUGGAUUUUAGAUGUUUUAUGACUUUUUAAGACCACAGUUAAUACAAUUUAAGACCCAUUAAACAUCCAUACUGGCAAAAAAGUAAAAAAUGACAUGAAGAGUUUUUACAUUUUUAAGACCUUUCAAGGUCGUAUUUGACAUUUUAUAGGAUGUUUAGAGAAUUUUGGACAUUUUAAGAUUUUUUAAGACCCCACAGAUAUUCUGCAUUUGUUUUUUAAACUUACACUUGAAACUGUUAGCUAAGUUGAAUGCUAGCAGACCCUGACCAGCUUUGCCACAUGUGCUGCAGAGGGUGCUGAGAGCUCAGUGUGAACGAUAACUACAAUGUUAAGGUGCAGCAGCUCUACAAACACAGACUGAUACAUCCUUUAAUAUGAUAAAGUUUCCAGUCCAGUCCAGUUCCAGGUCUGAGCUCCUCGGUCAGUGUUGAGAAAGAGUUUUAUGUUUCAGGGGAAGUUUUUGUGAAGUUUGGGGUUGGGUCAUUUUUACAUUAUUUGACGUUCAAACUCCGCAGCUGGACUAGAUCCAUGUCUUCAUCCUGGAUUAAUUUACGCAGCUAUUUCAGCUGCAGCUUCAUAAGGAAACACGAGAACGCAGCUCACAGGUGGCGGCGAGGUCGGUGGAGUUAAUUAAAUGGAGAAAAGAGGUUUUUUUUUAAUAGGGGGAGUAAACGAAUUACAUAAGACUUGUACACUUCUACUCAGACAUUUAGUACUAAAGAGUUCAGGACAUUUCCUUCAGGGAACAGAAGUGAAAGGAUGAACAUGAUAGGGUUUUUAUCAGGACUCCAUUUUUACAUUAAGAGAUUUAAAGAGGAGAAAAACUGAGCAGUGAAGCAGGAUGUAAAAGCUUCACAAUUAAACCUUCACUGUGACGAUUAUUAAACUCAUGACAAUGUUUAAAGAAGACGUCUUAAAGUGUCAGCCUUUGGCUCUAACAGAGCAGCUUAAAAAAAAACAUCCUUAUUUAUCUUUUAUUGGUGUCAGUAAAAACUCUCAUGUCAGCCUCGGCCUGAAAAACUUCAUUUUGCUGCUUUUCCAUAAAUAUAAAGCUUGACACGGCUUGUGGGUGUUACUUUUUAUACAGCUUUGUAGUCAUGAAAUGAACCUAAAGUUCUGCUUUUACAGAAAAUGUCUGAGGAAAACUGUCAGGAACUCUGAUUUCAGGAUGGUCCAUGUUGAUAUCGCAAUUCUUCGCUCACUUGAGUGAACUUCAAUUUGUCAAACCUGUGAACCUCUAAAUAAGAUCAAAGUACAGGGUCUCCGCUGUAAUAAUAAAAAAAGGUCCUGGUGUUUCCUUGACCUGUUCUUCAUAGAAACUUUACCAAAGCAUUUCCAGGCUCAGGGGCUUUUCAUUUCCUGACAGUCCAAGUACUAAGUAGAUGGUUUCCAGUUCUCUUUGUCCUGAUGUUACAUCAAAGUCUGGGGUUGGUGGAUCUAAUGGUCCAGAUGUCUGAGGGAAUGUGUUGGCACAAAGGCACCAAAAGUCGACAUCAAACAAUCAGAGAGACAUGAGUGGAUUAUUAUUAUUAUUAUUAUUGUUGGGGUUAGGUCAGAGCGAAGGGUCUGGAUUCAGAGGUUCAGACCUUCAACCACAUGCUGCAUCUAAACCUGGACUCGUGAGUCUGGAUCUUUGAUGCAAUACUAGUAAAAAUAUCAGGAUGUAAGUCUCUGAUUUAGAGAAAUAAACCCUUUUUUUCAAGUGUUGGAGGAGGUGGGUGUUUGUUUCUAUGCGUCUGAAAGGCCGAGGGACAGAAUGAGCAGAAAGAAAGAGAGAGAGAAAGAGAGAGAGUAUGUAUGUGAAAAUUGAGAGAACUCCUUUAGAGUCUGAACUAAAAGUCCAAAUCUUGACUUUAUAACGGACAUUAAAUAAAAGACUGAAUGAUUCAUUCAAUCAAACAUAAGCAGUAAAAAAGUACAAAUUCUCCUCUGUGAUUUAAUUUUAAUAUUUAGUCUUUUAUUAUUAUCACCAAAGUGAAGUCAAAGCUCUGAAAGUGAAGAAGUGAUUCACGGUCUGUAAAAGUCGUUUCCCCCAGUUGGACAGACAGACAUGCUUUAGUUUGAGUUUGUCCUAAAAUGAUGCUCCGACUUUGAUUCGUUUGACUGAAUGUCCUUUAAUAACCUUGGUGAAGCUGACAGCUGUGUAGCGUUGAUUUUAUCAUCACCUUGCACAUUUCCCGAAGUGAAGCUCAAGCACAGAAGUCCUUGGACAGAUUAUAUGAGUGUAGCUCUCCAGUAAAGAUGACAGAAAAAUGGCGCCCAGUUAAGGAUUUCCUUCUUUUGUUUAUUGUGCUUUCUUGGAUGGGGUCGUUGUCUUAACAGCUGGGCUGAGAUUAAAACAUGAGUUUUUAUUUUUUUGCAGCAAACGGGCGUCCCUCUGAACGUUUCCAUCCGUCUGCAGCUCAACCUCUACAUGAAGAGAGUGUCGGGCAUCACGUAAGCGCUCAUACCCUGUUGACACAUUUGUCAUGUAUUGUGUUUGUUUGCAUGAUUUCCUGUGUUUUUGAUGUUCGGUGCAGCCUUGGAGUUUGAUGUUGAGUGUUUUGUUCUUGCAGAGAAACUGGAAAGAUCUCAGAGGUGGUGAUGCCGAUGAUCUGGUUCGAGGAGGUGAGAAGCUAACGUUCAUUGUUUGAGACCACAGAGUUCAUGGAUUCAAAAAGCUGGAGCCUGAAUAGCACAGAACGUUCUGUGUCUUUCUGCUGGCAUGUGAAUUUUAACGACAGAUUUUAUAGUCUGAAUUUUAAAGUUCAGAGAUUUGAGCUCAGAGGAAAGUGUUUGUACAAAAAAUAGAAACUCUCCCCUCUGUGUUUUUCCCUCCCCAGAGCGGUUACAUCGACGGCCCCAUCCUCUCCACCUUCCACACUAACCUGGUGGUUCUCCCCGCUGUGAUGGAGUACAUGCAGUACGGCUUCAUCGCACUUGGCCUGGCGACGAUACUCAUCGCCUCCCUGGUGCAUCACAAAGCGAGGGUAAGGCUGCCGCCGCCUCCGUGCUGCAUGCAGCCACAUGUGUUGUUCAUUAUGUCCAUUUUACUGAAUGGAGCAUGAAGCAUGUUUGUUCCCUUCCCUCACACUAAUGCAGAUGGAGCAGGAGAGUCUGCAGACUUUACAAACAAUAUCAUGGCCGCAGUUUAAAUAUUUAACAUGUUUUAAAAGUAAAUCACCUCUUUUUUAAGAGUUUAAGUCCGAUAUUGCAAGUUAACUAAGUUUUAUUUUACCUUUUAAAAGUAGAAAAUGCACAAUAAGUUGGUGAAACACUCAAUACUACAACAGAGUAAAAGGGCCACAUUGAAAAAGUUAUUUAUUUAAGAUUAAGAAAACUAUUUUAGAAAUUUAAAAACUUUUAAAAGUAAUUUUCUCUCGAGAUUAAAGUAGUAAGAAAUUGAAUGUAAGAGUUUUUUUAGGCUUUGAGUAAAAUUUAUGUCACAAACAGAAACUAACUAAACUAUAUACAUUUAUAGAUAUCAUUAAAAAGACAUUAGACCUUUUUUUCGCUCCAUUUUACAAAAACACUGUACUCCUUAGUCUCCAAACUUUUUGUCUGCUCUCUGGUUUGGAGUCAUGAAUCUCGUUCUGGACACUACACGUCACAUUCUGCCCGGGACAGAGGUUUGAACUCUGUUAUCAGACAAAUAAUCAGAGUUUUAGUUUAAACAUACAGAUAUAGUAAGUUAAGUGCAUCUUAUUUUACCUUUUAAAAAGAGAAAAUGCAGUUGUUUAAGAUUCAGAAAACAAAAAAAAGUUUUUUUCUCUCAAGAUUAAAGUCGUAAGAAAUUAAAUUUAAGAUUUUUUUCAGGCUUGAAGUAAAAUUUGUAAAUUACAAACACAAACACAAACAGAAACUAACUAAACCAUAUACAUUUAAAGAUAUCAUUAAAAAGACAUUAGAUGUCACAUUCAGCCCGGGGCAGAAAUUUGAACUCUGUUAUCAGAUAAAUAAUCUGAGUCAUAGUUUAAACAUACCUGAAAUUAAAGAUAACAUCUUUACGUCUCUUUACAGCAUCAUUAACAUCAAGAGGAAAUUUAAGGGUAAAGGUUUAAAUCUCAUCAUUUUAAAGUGUAUUUUGGUGUUUUGUGUUUGCAGAUGGCUCAUUUAAGCGGUUCAUAUAAGUGUGCAGAAUCAAACACAGAACCAAAAUUAGAACUAAACGCGGAACCGAACACAGGGGUUUGUAAAACAUCAUCAUCCAAAUCAAAGACAUUUGCCAAAGUCUGAUCUUCGCUUGCAGUUGCAGCUACGCCGAGUUUUCUCCGAUUUUCAGUUUGCAGACAGAUUUUAAUGCUUUAGCUUUGUCCUAAUCACGCUGGACUCUCUGUUAAUGUGCUCGUUUUUGUCCAGAGUCAUGAUGAAGACAGUUUAAAGUUUUCAGUUUUCUUUUUUAAACUUAAAUUAUUUUUUCAGACUAAAAUCAUUUCAGCUUUUUAAGUAUGAAAGUGUCUAUAAUAUUUGUUUUUGCCCUGAUGACAUUAUGAACACGUCUGCUUUGACUUUGAGAUGUAAAAGGUUGAAAUCGCUAAAGAUGCAUGUUUUAGUUUUUCAUUAUCAAAUCAAAUAAUGUUUAUUCCUGUAAUUUUCAGCAGGUUUGAAUCUGUAAGUAAAAAAUCAAAACCUUGACGAUGAAGCAGAAACUUUAUAUCAUUGAUCACAGAUGUCGAUCUCUCGUCUGAUUUCCUCGUUUCUAUCUCUUAUUUCUUCUGUUUCUCAGUAAACUUUGAUGCAUGAUAAUAAGUCUAAAACAAACAAACUCAAUGAAAGCCUUCACAUGUAACCGUACCUAAUUUCCUGAUAAGACACUGAAUUAACCGAUUGCAUGUCCUCUAAAUUAACCACCUGAUCGAAUCGAUCAUGAGUAAAUCGUCCCCCUGCAUGAGUCCUAAAACCUGCACAUCCAGGACCUUCAGUAACACCAGCCGUGCUGCUGCUGCUGCUGCUUCAGCCCCGUUACAGCUUCAAUCAAACCAGCAGCUGUUUUGUUUUCUGUCUUCUUGAUUGGCUGAUGUGUUAGACAGUCUGGUCUCUUCUAGGCCUCUGAAAAAGAGCAGAUUAAAGACUCACUUGACCAUGAAACAAAGGGGAAAAGUUUCAUAAAGAAUGCAGGUGGGUGUGCACACAAAGGCAUACAUAAACAUGAGUAAAUCUGCAGUACACGUGUGUUUGCAGCUUUGGAGUAAACAUUAGGAAAUCCAUGAAUACAUGCAUGUAUUAAAAUGCAUAUAAACAUAAUGAACAGCUUUCUGUUCGGAGAAUGAAAAGGACAACGAUUCAGCAGAGAAACUCGUUUCAGAUUUAUACUCUACUGCAGUGGUUCUCAACUGGGGAGUCCCAACCCAAAAGUGGGUCACGGACACGUUCUGGAUGGGUCGCGCACAGCUGUUCCAAAAAAGUAAAUAUUUAACCCAUUAAGACCUGAACCCUGUCUGAGACCCGCCUCUGAAAUCCUGAGGGCAAUUUUAAAAAGGGCCCCUGGAUCCUGAGGUUUUCUGAAGUGUUAAGGUUUACAAAAAAGCUGAUAUCUCAGCCUCUGUAGCAGAUAGAAACAAAAUUCAAAAAGUAUUUGAGAGCUUACAUGUGUGGCUUUCAAGAUAACUAUCUUCACAUUAUUGAAAACCUUGAACAAAUAAACUCAAAUGAAAUAAAGCGGCUGUAUAAAUAAUAGUAAAGACUCUGCACUGGAGAGUAACAAAAAAUUUCUUUCUGUAAAUUAUGUGGCAGUCAUGAUAAAGGAUCCAUUCAAUACAAAUGUAAAUAUAAAAGAUAAAGUGUUGAAAGGGUAUACAGCUGUCCUAGUAUAGUGCCAGUACAAAAGUAUUUUGAAAAAUUUUUUUUGAAAGGCACGCCUUAUGUCGUGGUCCUCCUCGGUUUCUUAUUAAUAUGGCCUGAAUCUAGUAAUGAUAGGGGUUUUUUUUUUGGUCUUUAUUUUUUGCAAUUUGAUAUUUAAUAUUUUCUGUAUACCCAACUUUAGUAGUUGUCAUCCUCGGUCCAUGUGCUCUGAAAUGCACUUUACUCAAUAAAACAAGUGUAUUUAUGUUAAACAUUUGAGACUUUGAAGGUUUUUUUUUUUUUUUUUUUUUUGCAAAAAAUAAAUUUGCUUGGUUUAAAUUUUAUAAAAAGUGGGUCACGACUUAAGGACCGUGGGGAAAUGUGGGUCCCAGAGUGAGACCAGUUGAGAACCACUGCUCUACUGAGUUAAAUAACCAACUACAUUUCCUCCAAAAACCAUGGCGAAAAAAAAAUAGGAAAAGUCUGUCUGUACGCUCCACCUCCCCUAACCCCCUCACUUUAAACAGAAAAGUCUGCAGAGGUGUGCUUUAACAGUAACAUGGAAACCAGUGUAACAGCUGUAACUUCAAACAGGCCUGCAGUCUUUUUGAGCUCGUUGCUGUUCACUAAUUUUCAGUUUAUUUACGAUUGUUUUUUAUUUUAUUUCAUUUCAUUUUUAAUGCACACAGUCAGAAUAUAAAAGCGAAACUGAAGGUAUUUUUUUUGUUGCACCUAAUAACUCAGUAAAUAAAAAAAUGUCCCAUCUGUUACCAUUGAGGAGGCGGGCUUUCUGAGCUCUACAUGUUUUGGCUUUACUGUUCAGGAGCAGUCAUGCUGUUUACCUCUUAAUGAGUCUUUAAAUAAAGGAGGAAAUGCCACGGGAGUGUUUGUGACCUCCUCAGAAGUUUGAUUUUAAAGCUCCAGUUGUGAUUUUUUUAAAGGAAAAAUGAUGUCAACACUCACUGCUCGUCACUGUCCCCCUGCAGACCUCCUAACUCUCCUUUGUGUCUUUCCUGAUGCAGAAAAAUAAACAUGGCGGUUAUGAUUUUGUGGAUGGGAACAGAAGCACUACAACUGAAGAAGAAGAAGACCACCGAUGACCAAACGAUGCAGACUGACGCACACACUCACACACUGUACACACACACACACACACACACACUGUAGUGUUGUGGACUCUGAUGGCCGGCGUAGUUUGGGUCUCUUGACCUGAACUCGGUCUCUUGGACUCCUCGCUCUGCUUUGGUGGCGCUGCGUCGCCUCUGACUGUACUGUAGAGUUUAUGAAGCCCUCAGCUGGAGAAUCACAUUUUCAUAAAUGUUUUUGUCGAGGUAGUACGGGUCGAGACUUUAUUCAUCUCUUCAGGCAGAGCUCGAAACCACUUUUUUUGUUUUUUUGUAUAAAGUCUUGCUAAACAAAACCCUCCAUCUGCUGUGAGCAGGUCAGUUUUCACUGAUUUUUUAUUUUACUCUGCUCCGUGCUGGACCGUUAUUUGACUGUAUUUUGAUCUGCAUCAGUAUUAGACUUUUACAAGGGAACCUGAGGAGCAGGAGAGCUGCUCCAUGACUGUCAUCUGUACUGUACUUUACACCCAAAGUGCCUUUUUAAAGGGUUCACGUGCACUCAGGAUCACAGAGCUGAAACUGGACCAUCAGACUGAAGAGCAGACACACUCCUCUCUGUAAACUACUGUCCUCUGUAAAGUGUGAAUGUACUGUAUGAUAUGGACUGACUGAUUUCUUUUCUUGUCAGAUGAAGAAAAACUUGGAAGUAAUAAAUGUGCCUUUGUUUAAAACGACUUUUUAA